UUACCCUAGCAACGAGGGACGCGGGGGUUGGCGGUGUUGGGGUCUGGGGCGGUUGCCGUGAGGAGGAGGCCAGGCCAACGGGGUCCUAUGUUAUUCUGCGUGACGUGGGGCUUUGUCUUCUGAGACCCGGCUACAAGGGGAAGGCAAGUCUGUAUAACACCGUGCUGCAGGCUCUGAGCUGAGGUGAGGGGCGAGGAUGGAUGUGGAUAUUUCUUCAGUCUCCUCUUUGCAGUCUCUUGCCAAGCUGCUCAGCGAUGCACGCGGGGAUGAUGACGAUGAUGAUGACUUUGGCCCGUGCUGUUCUGACAGUGCCAUGACUCCUGGUAGCAUUGGACCAGUGAAGAAAGAGGCCACUGAUACUUUACAACUGAAACCUGAAAGCAACAAAACUAUUUGGAACACAGAAGAGGUCCCGGAAGGAUCCGAAUUUGACGACACCUGGGAUCCUAGAGAGCAGCCGGAGUAUGAGAUUUUAUUCAAACAGCAGGUGGGAACGGAGGACGUCUUCUUUGGGAUGAGCAGGAAAGACCCUUCCACAGCCUGCUGUGAAGACAUGGUGAUUAAAAUCAAGCUGCCAGAGACGAAGUUCUCAGACAUCACCUUAGACAUCCAGGACAAGGUUCUGGACCUCCGAACUCCCCAAAAGAAGCUACUGCUGCAUCUCCCUUGCCCUGUGGACAGCAAGAAGGGGAAAGCUCGUUUUCUCUCGGAAGAGGAGCUCUUGGAAGUCACCUUAAGGAUGACAAGGGAUUUUGAUUUCAUCAAUUUUGCCUGAUAGAGAAUUGGAGAAACUUUACAAAAGAUGUAUUUUUGUCAAUUGGAGUUUUCAGAGUUUCUUGUCUGUAAUACACUUCCUUAUAACUCUUGGAUAAACCUGGAUGGUGCUCUUAUGCUUCAAUCACUUACCCUAAAGUGGUUCCAUUCCUUGGGUCGGAGUAAUACUGCCCAAUCUCUGCUUUGGUGUUAAUGAUCUGGAAAACAGUUAUGACUCAUCCUAAGCCAUCGGGCACGCUGACAACACUCAGGGGCUACUCCAGUUUGUGUUUGAAGUUUCCAUACAUUGCAUUUGAACAGCUCUCAUUCCAACUCUACGAAGCCACGGGGAGGGGGACGAUGCAGAUGUAGGACGGGCUGAGCUCAUUCCUCCUGGCUCAGUGCUGCGUGUGAUUGCCAAGAAGUGACACCGAGGCUGCGUCUUGGAAGAAGCUCUCCUUGUGGUCCAUGGGCAACGUGCUGCUGUGCUCUUCCGUUUGUGACGUCGGCUACAAGAAGUGGGGGCUUGGCCCUGUAGUUACACACGUGUGCACAUAACGUUUGCCCAAGGGCAUCCCAGAAGCCCACAGCAAAGAGGAAAGUCGAGCUCUGCUCUUCCCAGCCCUAUCCCAGUCCUUGAUCCACAAGAUAGCGUUGUAUCUACCUUUAUAUUUGACUUUCCUAAGCCUUAAAUCAAGCUCUGUUUAAUACGACAUUAAUGUUUGAUACUGACAACGAAGGUGAGUUUGGCUCA